CCUUUAUUUGUCCAUGGCCUUCUUUCCGUGCCUUUUUGCUGAAUGGUUGGACUUGCCUGGUUUCAUCUCAGGUUAUAGAGAUUGUUGGUGAGCUGGAAGGAACCAUCUUUAUAUUGGAUCAGUCAGAGAAGCUGGCUGGUGAUGAAGUGAUUGCUUUGCUUCAGAAAGAUAGGCGAUGUAGUAGUAUUCCCAAUGAUAGCGAAGAACUUGAAGUCUUCCACCAAGCUGCUUCUAGGCUAGGCAUUACAUCUUCCAGAGCAGCACUCACUGAGAGAAGAGCUCUCAAGAAUCUAAUUGAAAGGGCUCAUGCAGAGGAAGAUAAACGGAAGGAAUCCAUUUUAUCUUACUUAUAUCAUCUCAUGAGAAAAUACUCGAAGCUUUUCAGAUGUGAGGUUGCAGAUGAUACUGACUCUCAAGGUUCAGCUCCUUGUUCCCCUACAGUACUCAGCUUUGAAGAGGUCUCUGCCUCCGAUGGAAAUGGUCUUGCCUUUGAAAGACAUCUAUCAAAACUUCGCCCUUUCAAUUCCAGGAAAUAUGGGAUAAUAUCAGGAAAAGUGCCACUUCCUCCUGAAGAACUCAGAUGCCCUAUCUCCUUGCAACUCAUGUACGACCCAGUCAUUAUUUCUUCAGGGCAGACAUAUGAACGUAUUUGCAUUGAGAAAUGGUUUAGUGAUGGGCAUGGUACAUGCCCUAAAACUCAGCAACACCUUGCGCAUCUCUGUAUAACUCCAAACUAUUGUGUUAAAGGACUCAUAGCAAGUUGGUGUGAACAAAAUGGUGUUCCUCUGCCUGAUGGUCCCGCAGAACCCCUUGAUGCCAACUAUUGGAGGCUGGCUUUCUCAGAAUGUGAGGCCAUGGAUUCCAGAUCCAUGGGGAGUAUUGACUCUUGCAAGCUUCAGGGUGUCAAGGUGGUCCCAUUGGAAUAUAGCAGUGUCACAGAGACAUUCCAGGGGAUUGAUGCUUGUACUUUAGACAGCAGUUUCUGUCAGGAUGGAGAAGUGGAUGAGCUUGAAGGAUACAAGAGUUUGCUAGCUGUGCUGUGUGAAAGCAACAGUAUGGGAAAAAAAUGCAGAGCCGUGGAGCGGAUAAGGUAUCUGCUGAAGAAUGAUGAGGAAGCAAGGAUCUUUAUGGGUGCAAAUGGUGCUGUUGAGCCACUCCUUCAGUUUCUAAAAUUUGCUGUCAAUGAUGGAGAUAGGAAGGCUCAAGAGGUUGGAGCCAUGGCUCUUUCCAACCUUGCAGUUAACAAUAACAGGAACAAGAGUAUGCUGUUAUCUGGUGGGGUGUUCCCUCUACUGGAGCAAAUGAUCUCAAACUCAGAGACACGGGAAGCAGCCACUGCCCUCUGCCUUAACGUUUCCUGUCUCGAUGAGGCCAAGCCCUUGGUUGGCUCGAGCCAGGUAGUCCUGUUCUUGGUCCAGCUCCUACAAGCUGAAGACAAUGAAAGCAGUUCCUGCAAGCAUGAUGCCCUUGACGCCCUGUGCAACCUUUCGUCCCACCCACUCAACGUUCCUUUCCUCCUAUCAUCCAGUAUUGUUGAUGGGCUUCACAAUCUUCUCACAGCCUGUGGGAGACCCGAAGGCCUCACUUGGGUGGAGAAGGCCCUUGCUGUCUUUAUAAACCUGGCAACAAGCCAAGCAGGAAAAAAAGAAAUAAUUUCGACCCCUGGUUUAAUUGGCGGGCUCACAGCCAUCUUGGAUGUUGGUGAGCCAGCAGAGCGAGAGCAUGCUGUUUCAUGCCUUCUUAUACUGUGCAAUGGUGAUGAGCGAUGUAGCCAUAUGGUGUUGCAAGAAGGGGUAAUACCAUCGUUAGUUUCCUUAUCAGUUUGUGGGACAGCAAGAGGGAAGGAGAAGGCACAGAAGCUACUAAAGCUUUUCCGGGAGCAACGGCAGCGAGAGCCUUCACCUGUGAGGCAGCAGCAGCUGGUGGAGCAUUCUGCUAGCAAUGGGGGAGUUAUGGAGUUGAAACCAUCAUGUAAAUCAAGGUCGAAGAAGCUUGGGCGGACCCUGAGUUCCAUAUGGAAGAACAAGGUAUUUUCAGUGUAUCAAUGUUAGUAGCGAUCAGUGGCCAUGUAACCUGUGUUCUUUUUCUUUUUUGUUAGUUUUUAGUUUUUCUUCUUCUGUUUAACCUUGAGGGUAACCGGUCAUUUUCCUUUUACCCUUGAAAAACAAAAAAUGUACAGGCCUUUUAUUCUAGUAUGUUAAUGGCAAAUCCUUGUUAUUUUCCUUGUCUUAAAUCAUUGGCAUCCAUUUAUGUUUUAAA